AUGACGGUCAAAGACAAGGCUAACACACCAACUCCAACAGAUUCGGACGACACCAUUGACCUGAACGACGACGAAGAGGACAUUGCACCUCUGCUCCCCUACCCGCUGACCGUGCUGACCGUACAAGCGAGCCUGAAGACGGAUCAAGUACCCUCUUGGGAUGGAGAUAAGGCCACCGUGGUCGAGUACCUGUUGAUGGUGUACGGGCUGGCGAACAGUGGGGGGCAUCUCAACAGGGCGGUGGGAUUCUGGCUUUGGACAAAGCUGAAGUCGGGCUCGCCCGUCUGGCAGUGGUUCAUGACUUUGUCCGACUCGCUGAAGGCCUACAUGAAGCGAAGCGCUCACAAGUUCUUAUACGUUGUGCAGCGCGACUACUUGGGGCUGAAGUGGGUCAAAAAGCUAGCCACCGAGUUUCAAUUCCAUUCGUACCAAGAGCCCAAGCACAGGCAUGAGACACCCAGCCAGUUCAUCUAUCGUUGUAUACUCACCGCACGAGCGUUGGCCUUCGCACCGAUGAACUCGAGGGAGGAGGUCCGCUUGAUCCUCAGCGUAGCCCCUUUGAGUUGGGGCAUCGUGCUGGUGCCGUCGACGAUUCGCUCCACCGAUCAGCUGUCGAGCAGGGUACUCGAGUUUGAGGAGGAGCUCAUGAACUCGUCGAAGUCUACGGGAGGAGAGCUGAGGUCCCAGAUCGCCUCCGUCCUGAAGGAAUUGGGACAGGCUGCUUCCUCCUCGGCAAGCAAGCCGGGCAUGUUUGCGCGUCGUUCGGCGUCAGCCUUUGACGCGGAGGUCGAACCCAUAGGGGAAGCAGGAGGAUCCAACGAAGCCGAGGACGACGAAGGGGUCGCGGGUGACAUGUUGGCGGUUGCGUACAAUGUUGUCUCGGCGCGCGAACGUCAACGGCCCCCGAGCAAACCUCCAUUCCCGCGUGACAACAAGGCGGGGGAGGGGUGUAAGACCCAGGAGGCCGAGGAGCAGGCGCCGGUCGCGUACGUCAUGCAGACGCCAAGCUUCGCGAUGACUAUAGAAGAAAUUGAAGACAAUUACUGGUACAAGGGAGAACUCCUACCGGCAGACUCGCCCCACAUAUUGGAGAGCAUCUACAAGGAGCCGGAAGCUGAGCGGUCAGGAGUAGUCAGUGAGGAGGUACACCCAACGCUGUGGGCGUCCGAAUUUGAGGAGGAUAGGAUCUAUACGCUGGUAGCGCAGGCACUGGAGGAGAUGCCGAAGCCGUACGAUUCCGGGAAGGUCAAGCUCAAGCCGCGCAUCAAGUCCAUCAAAAAACUAAACUCGAUGGGGGCGUCCGUGUUGUGCGUGAAAGGGUUUCUUGGGUCGGACAGAGAAUUUGAGGUGAUGCUGCGCAUGGACUCCUGCGCGAGCAUUUUGCUACUGAGCGGCAAGGUCUAUGACUCACUCAAGCAACUGCCCAAGCUCCUGCAGGGCGCGAAGACGAAGCUGUGGCAGCUCACCAACAAGUCCGUCUCCAUACGCGGCUACUGUCAGAUGCCCAUCCUGAUUCGAAUGGAUGGGGGCACGCUCGUGGAAAUGGACGUGACCAUGUACGUGGUCGACAACAUGACGGUGCCAGUGCUCCUAGGCGAGGAUUUUCAGCAGGCCUACGAGCUCUCAGUCAACCGUAGCUUGGAGGAAGGCACGACAAUCACCUUUGGGCAGACCGAGUAUACCAAGACGGCGCAGCCACUGGUACAGACGGCGGCUCUCCACAAGGAGGCGCAGAGCGUGGAAAAGGCGUAUAUUGGAGAACGGCCGACGCAUAGCUUCCUGAAGAAGGCGGCGCGCCAUCGUCACCAAAAGGCGUUCAAGGACAAGAAGAAGCGCGCGGAAAAGGAAGACCACACGAUCCGAGCCGCGCAACAAGUACUCAUCAAGCCCGAGUCAGUAGCGCUCGUGCCGGUCCGUGGGCCCUUUGACGAGCAGGGCGAGUGGCUUGUUGAGAAGGAGCUCCUUUCGUCCAGCCGAGAUCGCCCCUUUCUGGUCCUGAACACGCUCAUCUCCUCAAACGCACCGGUAGUCCCGGUAGCCAACACGGCGACAGUCCCUCGGUUCAUUCAAGAGGGCGAGGCGCUAGGGACUGUAACCAGAGCAGAGGAGUGUCUCGAUCGACCGCAGAACAAGGAAGAGCUACGCCGAUAUCAGCAACACACCGCGUUCAUGGCGGCCGCGAGCCAAGUAGCGCAGGAGCCGCCAACGGAGCCCAGGGCAAAGGCAGAGCAAUGGAACGAGACCAAAGUGCAUCCGAAAUUCCACAUGCCCGAGGAGCACAGCUACGAGGCGUGGAAGAAAGGGGAGCGCACGUUCCCGAUGCCUGACGCCGCGUCGUACGAGUCGUGGAAGCGGUCUUUCUCUCGCCAAGAGAUGGAGGAGGACCAAAGUGUGCUGAAUGAGCAGGAGCAGGUCGGACCGAAGACGGCGGAGAUGCCUGUGUCCGAGGUAGAUUCGAGCCAGUGA